GCUCAAGACUUUCAUUUAGAAUUUGAUGAUACUCUAGACAGAAUAAGGAGGCAAGAUACCAACGUUUCAAUGCCUACUGGCAGUGGACAAUUCAGAGACCACAAAAAACCAUCUGGCCCUUCUUCUUCCUCGCCUUCAAUGCAAAGUCCUACCACAUCAGAGCAUCCGACAGCGCCUUCAACAAGCAAGACGAGUCAGCAAUCAAGGAGCAGAACAUCAAAGCCAACAACGAAUUCGAUGAGUCAAGAGCCAAAGAGCACAUUUAUCUCAGUAACAUACCCGACGAGUCAACCAGGAAAGACCCCAUCAUCAAAGGCCACCACCUCUGCACCAAGGCCCACAUCAACGGAAAGCACGACAAUAAGUACGUCAAUUUCAACUCGAGACACAUCUGCUGUGUCAUUCAGCACCACAUCGAUGCCAGACGAACACAGGGCGACAACACCUGAAGAUAUCGAUGAUACCGACGAUAUGGAUGACACAGAUCAAGAAGAAAAAAUCAAAUGCGGAGGAUUUUCGGAUGGAGCUGCGGCUGAUGCAAGUGUGGGUGCGUUUGUUUUCGGUUGUAUUGUAGGAAUCGUUUCAACUUUGCUGUUGGUAUGGCGUCUUAACCUCCCGCAAGUGGCAAAACGUAAACUACAAGUAUCUAGUGACGAGAAACUAACCGAGUCCAGUGCGUACGUGUCUGAGCUAUCGCCAAAUAGGGUAACUCAGGCAGACUAUGACGACGCUGAGGAAAGACAGCAACAGUCCACCAACUCUCUUUUCACUACCAAUGCCGUCUACGUAGCAACGAAUGCUGCAACUGCAGUUUGAAUUAAUGUUUGAAUUGUCUUAGAUAAAGUAGCAAACCAUCUCAAUUGCUUUCUAUGCAAGCAAAUUUUUAACUAUUAUUUGUUCUUACCUUCAUUGCGGAACAUCUUAACGUGAUUUGGAAAACGAAUUUGUAUACAAAUAGAUAAUCCAGGUACUAAA